AGAAUCCAUAGUCUCCCCCCACCCGACCCGGCCCAAAGGAAAAGGGGCUCUUACUAUCUUUGAAAACCCCUAAACCCUAGCAAAACCUCAGAGCUCUGUGACCAACAAUUAACAAUGGCGGAUGAGCAAAAGCAGCACAAGAAGAACAAGAAGAGAAAGAAUAGAAGCUCCGGUGUCGAAUUUGAACAAGAACAAUCGAAAGCUCCUCGCUUCGACGAACAAGAAGAAGAGCUCAAAUUGGAGGCUCCUUGGACUAAUUUACAGCUCAUUCUAUCUAUUGAGAACCAAAAAAUCGAUACUCUAAGGAAGGUUGAACUUGCAUAUGCUUAUGUGAAGUCGAGAGUUAGUGAAGCGGAAAGUAGUGGCACUGAAGAAAGAGAGACUGUGAGAAUUUCCCGGGUAGUAGUUUCUGUUAGCAAUUGGAUUCAGUCGUUGUUAAUUUCUUCAGGGAAGAGAAUUAUUGCCAAACGCAAAUUUGAGUCUGAGUUGUGUUUGGAUUAUAGAUGCUGGGAAAUCUUCAGGUUUUGCUUGGACGAGUCUGUAAAGCAGAAGGUUUCACUGGGACUUUCAAAGGACUUAUUACAGGUUAUUCAGUGCAUUGCAGGGGAUGUAUCCUUUCGGCUCGGUGAUGCAUCCUUGCGUAUUCAAGUCAGGGAUUUGGAAAGUGGUGUAUUGGAAUUCUACAAUACUGUACUUGGUUGCAUUUCUAGUAUUUUCAUGUCCCAUGGUGGUAUUUCAAAUGAAAAUUUAAAUUUAUGGGUUUCGACAGUUGGCGUGGUGCUCAAUCUAGUCAAAACAAUUCUACAGGACAAACUUGAUGAUUCUAAGAUUGGUGUUUUUGUCUUGAACUUUUCAUGUGUUGUAAUCAAGCCAUUUGCCAAAUUUUUGAAGCUCCAUCCAACCAAAGAUAAUUUUAAAUGUUUCGUAAAAGAUCUUCUUGAGCCUCUGUUGUACAUGCUAGAUGUCUUGCAUCCAUUCACAAAUGAUCAUGGAUGGGAGGGUAAUCUUUGGAAGUUAAUUAAAGAAGUGUUGUCCCAAGGGUUGUUCCACCCAAAUCACAUUGAUGGACUGAUGAGUGUACAAAGUUUGAACAAGUAUAUGACGUCUUCUGAUUAUCAAAGCAUCAAGGAUUCAAAGAUGCUUAACAAAAAAAAUAAAAAGUGUUCAAAGAUGGUAGCUGAAAGUUAUCACAGACAGUUCUUCGAUAAGAUGGAAGAGAUGAUGACCGGGACAAAUGCCUUAGCAGUCGGUAAUGUAGGGGAGCUUUUUUGUUCGUAUGUUGACUGUAUAAAAAAGCAAAAGGGAUUAAGUUCAGUUGGAGGGGGAGCUUCUGGGCAGUUGCCAGAUGAACCUAGUGCUCAGACGGCGAAAGUGUCUUCUAGAAAUGGCAACGUAGAUAUGGAGAACGGUCAUCAUGAAAGUCGUUUAGAUUCAGAAACUAGAAAAUUACUUUUUGAUUUCUUUGUACAGUUGAUGGAACCUUUUCUUGGAGAGAUUCAUAGUUAUCUUCAAAAUGAACCGGAAGUUGGGCCCAUUUUGUCAACUGCUCAUUGCACCAUUAAAUCAAUAAAUAAAUUACUUGUUAGUUUUGUGCAUGAAAAUGUAUAUGUACGCACAGAGGAUACCUCUGAUGGAGCUUGUCUUAAUUUCCUAAAAGCGGUUUAUGACAUGAUCAGGUCAUUGUCUGCCAGAGUUCAACACAUAUUUCCAUCAAUGAUUGAUUCAAAUGAGAGGAUACAUAAUGAGGUCAUAGUCCUAAUCUUUAAAGAGCUUAUUUCUACCUUAAAGUGUUUAUUAGAAAUUGAAUACGAGGUUUUUGGAGAUGACUUGGAAAGCUUGUGGCGCAUGAUGAUCUCGCUUGGGGCCUCAGCGCUCGUGUUAACUGAUAAUAAUCCAGAACAGUCCGUGUUAACUCUAGAGAUAAUUCAAUUUGGAAUCCAGCUUAUUAGCAUUUUUGGUCAACUUCGCCAGGUCAAUAAUGCAGUAUUUACACUGUGUAAAGCAGUCAGACGGUUGUUAUUAUCUGUCGGAGAUGGACAAGUGUGCUUUUCACAUAUUUGGAAACCUUCAUUAUAUUGUGAAUCAUGUGUCAAAUUUUUGGGGAUGGUAUUAUGCUCACCUGACUUUAGAAUUUCAAUUUGUGAUGCUAUUAUGUCUAUACCGGAAGGGCAAGUGAGUGGAUUUGUACAACUGUUUACAACAGAUGUUUCUGAAUCUCUUGUCUGGAUGAAAGGUAAUUGUUCAACAAAUGCUAGAACUAAACAUGGAGAGCUAGAUCCAGAUAAUUGUAGUUCACCAUGCUUCAAGCUAAAAGCAGAAGUCCUCGGAAGGAGUUUAUCCGAAUUGUAUUCACUAAUUCUAGAUUCAGUUACUGCUACCACAGGCAAUAGUACACUAGUCGGAGUUGCUGUAAAAGAUCUAAUUGCAAAAAUCCGCCCUAAUAUGAGGUGCCUGGUUGAAAAGGAGUUGGACCUGGUUGAUAUACAGCUGGACAGUGUUUAUGUCUUCUUGUCAACAUUGACAGGAAGAACAAUCGCUAUGGGAGAUGAAUGCAAGCAUGUUUAUGUGUCAACUCACUGGGUUGUUUUGUUCUUCUUUCGUCUUUAUAUGUCUUCCAAAAGCCUAUAUCGGCAGGCAGUCAGCCUUGUGCCCCCAGAUAUAUCAAGAAAGAUGUCAAAAGGUAUGGGUGACUCAUUGACAGCUUAUUCUGGAUGCGAUUUGCUGAAGAGGACUAAUGGAACAGAUGAAGGCUAUUACUCUUGGAUUGUCCAGCCUUCGGCUUCUCUUCUUUCUACAAUAAAUGCGGUUCUACACAUUUGCAUUCAAAAUUCUGUUGCAGAUCACUCCUCCCUGAUUUACGUAUUCAUUAAUAUGACUAUCCAGAGGCUUGUUGAAUUGAACAGGCUGAUUAAAUCUUUUAAAUAUUUGAGACAACGAGUUUCUGCUUUAAAGCAUGAGGCAAAAGAGUUAACCAAUUUUCUGAUGGAAUACAUCCCAGUAUUCGACAAAAUUCUGCUUCCUAUCUCCUCAGCAAAUGAUGUCAAUGACAGUGAAAUGUCUGUUCAAAGAUCACUCGGUAAGGAUGGAUGGGAUUUCAGUGUAGGGGCUGUAAAUAAGAAGUCAUUGCCUACCGCUACCUGGUGGAUUAUUUGCCAGAAUAUUGAUGUUUGGUGUGCUUAUCCUGCCAAGGAGAAGCUGAAGAUGUUUCUUUCGCUCUUGAUUCAAAGUUCUCUUCCUAGUUCAGAGAACAAUUUUAAAGUAUUUGGAAAGCACACUACUGAUAAACAUGGCCACAUAAAGGCCAUCACAGCACAUCAAAUUUCAUCUGAACUUCUCCGAAAUGCUGUUCUAUAUGAACAAAAGUUUGUUCGCAGGCAUAUGGCAUCAGGAUUAUGCGAAAUUAUGGAGGAGUUGGUAUCAUCAAUAUCGAUAGUGGAGCCAAAUUCCUGUUCAUCUAAUAUGUCGCACGUACUUAAAGUCAAGAUUAAAGAUUGCCAAAGUCUGCUGAAGUUUUUAUGUUGGAUACCAAAAGGAUUUAUAAAGUCGAAAAGUUUAUCAGAUUAUACAAGUUGUAUUAUCAACCUUGAAAGGAGGCUACAGGGCAGUUUUAUUGAGAUUUCUAGCGCAUUACAACCCUAUGAAUGUCACGAGCUCUUCAGAUUGUUUAUGUUAUGUCGGAAGGCCCUUAAUAAGCUUACAAUGGCAUCUGAGAAGAGAAUGGAACCUUGUCAUUUCAUAUCUACUCCCAUUUAUCAUGAUACUUUAUUUCAAACUUCAGGGCUAUCAAUGUCACUAUCAGCAGUGAUAGGGCUUCAAGACAUGUUUCCAGAUUGUGUUUCCGAAUCAAAUAGAACGAUCAUUUCCUUGAUGGAUCACACAUCUUAUAUGGUUUUAACAUUUAGCAAAGAUCAAUUUAUACAUGCAAUCAAACCUUUGAUGAACUCAGUGAAGCCUUGUAAAGAUAUGAAUAACGAGGAUAGUUGCUUGGAUUCUGCUUCAAAUCUGGAUGCAUGGAAGACUAUAGUCAGCUACACUGAAUCUAUAAAGGAGCAGGCACGUACAGCACUUAUUUCUCUAAAGGAAUUCCUUUCUGGUAGAGAUGCAACAGGUUUUACUGCACAGGAAGUAAAACUAUUCUCUCCCACCAUUUCUUGCAUCCAGGGAGUUUUGUGGGGUCUAGCAUCUGCUUUGGAUGAAAUAGACGGGGAACGAUGUCAUCUAAAAUCAAAGUUAUCAAGAUGGAAAUGUGAACCUUUCUUCAAAAUCAGGACUUGCAUUGACACAUUUGCAGAAUUUAUUAGUUCCUUUUUAAACUAUAUGUUUCUUGAAGAUGGUAAGUUACCCCAGAGAUCAUUCGAAACCAUUGAUCUUUCCAUAUCAAAGGGUCAUGGUGAUUUUUUGUGUUUGAAGGAGCCUUCUAGUAAAGUUUGCGAUGAUGAUGCUGACUAUCAUGAGAAGCAACAAAUUUCCCGAAAUGCAGAGGGUCAUUCAGCAUCUACGAUAAAUCAGAAGUCAAAUACAAGAGCAAGAGUCCGACUAAAAAAUGAAGAUGUGGCCACUUUUUGGACCAAGAUUGAAUUAUUUGAGCGACAAUAUCUGAAGAAAUCUCUGUUAUUGGGGUUUUUAAGAGGUGAAAAUCUUGAAGCAGCAACUUUUCUCCGACAGUUAUUUAUCACUUAUUCAGCAAUUCUGAGGAUUAAUCUUCAUAUCAAAAACAUCUUUUUCUCAGCAAGCCUGGUUCCAAGUUUGGUUAGCAUUGCUGAAGUUUUGUUGCUGGAGUUUUCCAAUAUGGCUGAGUCACCUGAUGCAUUUUGUUUUGUUUGGCUGGAUGGUAUAGCCAAAUUUCUGGAAGAGCUCGGAAGGCAGUUAUACUCAGCUGAUGCCACCUUGACCCAAAAUUUGUAUGUUAAGCUGAUUAAUAUUCACCUGAGGGCAAUAGGAAAAUGCAUUGCUUUACAAGGAAAAGGAGCCACUCUAGCAUCUCAUGAGACUGAGUCAAGUAUCAAGACUCUGGAUGAUCAAACAAAAUUAAGCAAGUCUGCACAUGGCCAGCACUCCCUAAAUGAAUUGAAAGCAAGGUUGCGAAUGUCAUUCAGAGUUUUUGUUGAGAUAUCUUCAGAGUUACAUUUGUCAUCUGCAAUUCAGGCAAUUGAGAGAGCCGUAGUUGGAUUAGAGGAAGGGUCCAAGUCAAAUUAUGAAAUAUGCGCUGGAAAUUCAAAGGAAGGCAAAAUUUCCUCAACUGUAGCAGCUGGUGUUGAUUGCUUCGAUUUGUUCCUGGAAUAUGUUAAAGGAAGCAAGCGUCUGCUCGUGGUUAAAGGACACAUCCAGAACAUAGUUUCUGCUCUAUUCAACAUAAUUCUGCAUCUGCACGGGCCAAUAUUGUUCUUUGCUAAUACUAAUCCUUGUAGUGCUGAUGCCACUCCUGAUUCAGGAUCUGUAAUUCUCAUGAUUAUUGAAGUCCUGACCCGAGUUUUUGGAAAACAUUCCCUGCCUCAAGUGGAUGGCUGCUAUGUCUCACAGUCGCUGCGCAUAUCUGGAGGACUUUUUCAAAAUAUACUUGAGCUUAAAGUUUUUAAAGCUAACGCUCAGUCUAAUCAUCUGCUCAUCCCAGCUUCUGUUGGCAGUGAGAUCUCAGAAAGCAUGAAAGCUUGUGCCAUAGAUCGACAGUUUGUGAUAGAACUUUAUGCUGCAUGUUGCCGACUCCUUUGUACUGUGCUUAAGCAUUAUAAAAGUGAGAGCCAGCGUUGCAGUGCUUUGCUUGAAGAUGCAGUACGUGUUCUACUUUGUUGCUUGGAGAUGGUAGAGGUUGAUCCAGGUACGACAAAAGACUAUUUUGCAUGGGAAGUGCAAGAAGGAAUUAGAUGCGCUUAUUUCCUCAGAAGAAUUUAUGAAGAGGUGCGCCAACAGAAGGAUGUUCUUGGCUGCUGUUGUUUUCAGCUUUUAUCCGGUUACAUAAGAAUAUAUUCAGGAUAUGGUCCCUUUAAAUUGGGCAUUAGAAGGGAUAUAGACGAAGCCCUGAGACCAGGUAUUUAUGCUUUAAUAGAUGCUUGCUCUGCGGAUGAUCUUCAGCGCAUGCAUACAGUGUUCGGAGAAGGUCCCUGCAGAAGCACUCUGGCUACUCUGCAACAUGAUUACAAACUCAAUUUCCAGUAUGAAGGAAAAGUUUGAUACAAUACAUCAUUAAGUUUCCUGGCAUGUUAAUUACCAAGACUGCUAGACUGCGAUGGGGAGCUUGAGGAAAAGAGUCCCUGCAAAAAAAAUGCAAGCCUCUGAUGACAUUCCCCUUUUCUGCUCUCGGUGAUUAUUCAGCAAAAUCAAAGUUCGAUUUACCAAGUCAUCAGAAGACACGAAGAGCCCAAACGACACAAAGCUAUAUCCCUCAUCCAGAUUUUUUGGACAAUCAAUAUUAUAUUUUUCCUGCUCAUCUUUACAGGUAACAUAUUGGGUGUUUAUAAACUGGUCUGAAGUGCUAGUGCAUACUUUAUAGGUGAAAAGAGUUGCCUGCUGAGAUGUACAAUUCAGAUUAACGGGUCAACAAUGUCUGUCACUUGGGCAUAGUUAGGUGUCUUGAAUACCCAAUUCACCAGUCCAGGUUGAUGGUAGAGUAGAUAUGCUAAUAAUUAUAAAUUGACAUCUUGCCAUACAUGUAUUUCUCCAUGUAGUAAAAAUUCUAAUAUUUUUUAAGUAGCAAACACAAAUUGUGAUCUUUUUCGAUGCAAA